AUGGCCUCCUCUUCCGUGUCAGCGGCUACUCGAGGCCUCGGUCGGGUACCCCACCUCCUGCGGCGCGGCUACCAGACCGAGCGGGGAGUUUACGGCUAUCGCCCAAGGAAAGCAGAAAACCGGGAGCCUCGGGCUGGCCUGGCAUGCCCCACAGUUGAUCAUGGCCUUGCCAGAUUGGUGAUGGUAUAUUGUGAACAUGGUCAUAAAGCUGCCAAAAUAAAUCCCCUCUUUACCGGACAAGCCCUGCUGGAGGACGUGCCUGAAAUCCAAGCUCUUGUGCAGACCCUUCAGGGACCCUUUAGUACCACAGGAUUAUUGAGUAUGGGGAAGGAAGAAGCCUCUCUUGAGGAAGUAUUAGCCUAUCUCAACCAAAUAUACUGUGGACAAAUAUCUAUUGAAACCUCCCAACUUCAGAACCAGGAGGAAAAAGACUGGUUUGCCAAGCGGUUUGAGGAGCUGAAAAAAGAGACAUUUACCACAGAAGAGCGAAAACAUCUGUCAAAACUAAUGUUAGAAUCUCAGGAGUUUGACCACUUUUUGGCCACUAAAUUCGCCACUGUGAAGCGCUAUGGAGGUGAAGGGGCUGAAAGCAUGAUGGGCUUUUUCCAUGAAUUGCUGAAACUGUCAGCCUACAGUGGGAUAACCGAUGUUAUUAUUGGGAUGCCCCACAGAGGGAGGCUUAAUUUAUUGACAGGUCUCCUCCAGUUCCCACCAGAGCUGAUGUUCCGUAAAAUGCGAGGCUUAAGUGAAUUUCCAGAAAAUGUCUCAGCCACUGGAGAUGUCCUGUCUCACCUGACCUCCUCUGUUGACCUGGACUUUGGCGCACACCACCCCCUCCAUGUGACAAUGCUGCCUAAUCCCUCACACCUGGAAGCUGUUAACCCUGUGGCUGUCGGGAAAACUCGUGGAAGGCAGCAGUCUCGACAGGAUGGGGACUACUCUCCAGACAGUUCAGCUCAGCCUGGGGACAAAGUUAUUUGCUUACAGGUUCAUGGUGAUGCUUCUUUCUGUGGUCAAGGAAUUGUUCCAGAAACAUUUACGCUCUCCAACCUCCCACAUUUCAGAAUUGGUGGGAGUGUCCAUUUGAUUGUCAAUAACCAGCUGGGUUACACCACUCCAGCAGAGAGAGGAAGGUCUUCCUUGUACUGUAGUGAUAUCGGGAAGUUGGUAGGCUGUGCCAUCAUCCAUGUCAAUGGAGACAGCCCAGAAGAAGUGGUCCGGGCCACUCGAUUGGCUUUUGAAUACCAGCGCCAGUUCCGCAAGGAUGUGAUUGUUGAUUUGUUGUGCUACAGGCAGUGGGGCCACAAUGAACUGGAUGAACCCUUUUUUACCAACCCAGUCAUGUACAAAAUCAUCAGAGCCCGAAAUAGCAUUCCAGACACAUAUGCAGAACAUCUGAUUGGCACUGGCCUCAUGACCCAGGAGGAGGUGUCUGAAAUAAAAGCCUCCUACUAUGCAAAGUUAAAUGACCGUUUAACUAACAUGGCCCACUAUAGCCCCCCUGCCAAUAAUCUGCAGGCCCACUGGCAGGGCCUGGUCCAGCCAGAAGCUUGCAUUACUACCUGGAGCACAGGUAUGCCUAUAGAUCUCCUGCGGUUUAUUGGUGCCAAGUCUGUGGAGGUACCAGAGGAGCAUCAGAUGCAUAGUCACCUUCUAAAGAUGUAUGCUCAGUCUAGAGUGGAGAAAGUGAUGGAUGGAACGAAGUUAGACUGGGCCACAGCAGAAGCGCUUGCCUUGGGCUCAUUACUUGCACAAGGUUUUAAUGUCCGUCUGAGUGGUCAAGAUGUUGGCCGUGGAACUUUUAGUCAAAGGCAUGCAAUGGUGGUUUGCCAGAAGACCGAUGACACUUACAUCCCUCUGAACCAUAUGGAUCCUAACCAGAAGGGGUUUCUAGAGGUAAGCAACAGCCCCCUUUCGGAAGAGGCCGUCCUGGGAUUUGAAUAUGGCAUGAGCAUUGAAAGUCCUAAAUUGCUGCCCAUUUGGGAAGCUCAGUUUGGCGAUUUCUUCAACGGUGCCCAGAUCAUCUUUGACACAUUCAUCUCUGGAGGUGAGGCCAAGUGGCUCCUACAAAGCGGCAUUGUUAUUCUCCUCCCACACGGUUAUGAUGGGGCUGGUCCAGACCACUCAUCCUGUAGACUAGAGCGUUUCUUGCAGAUAUUUCUCUCCCAUUCCAUUGCCCCUUUUAUACCCGACAGUGUUAAGAGACUAGUGUUUUGUUGUGGCAAACAUUUCUAUGCCUUACUGAAGCAAAGAGAAUCUUUGGGGGCCAAGAAUCAUGACUUUGCCAUCAUCCGGAUAGAGGAACUCUGCCCUUUUCCAUUGGACUCAUUGCAAGAAGAGAUGAGCAAAUACAAACACGUGAAAGAUUUUAUUUGGAGUCAGGAGGAGCCUCAGAACAUGGGUCCAUGGUUUUUUGUUUCUCCAAGGUUUGAAAAACAACUGGCCUGCAAGCUCCGUCUUGUGAGCCGACCCCCUUUGCCAACACCCGCUGUAGGAAUUGGCACUGUUCACCUGCAACAGCAAGAAGAUGUCCUCACCAAGACCUUUGCCUGA